AGACUUGGGAUAAUGAAGGAUUUGCUGGCGGCUUGCCCUGAAUGUGUGAAAGAGGUUGCAGAAACAAGCGAGACUGUACUUCAUGUUGCAGUGAGGCGUGAUCAGGUUAAAGCUGUAAGGUGCUUGAUGGAGUGGCUGAAAGGACAAGUUAUUACAGGGAUCUCGUUAAUAGAAAGGAUUGCAGUUGCAGUACUGUCUUGCACCUUACUACUUCACGAAAACAGAUUCAAACCUUAAGGAUUUUGUUGGGAAAUAAUCCUAGUAACAAUACAGGGGAGGUAAAUACAAUGAACAGUGGUGGUUUUACAGCUUUGGAUAUCUUAGAUGUCUUACCAGAACAAGGAAAGAUAGAUAUGGAUAUAGAAAAACUUAUACGAAGAGCAGGAGCAUUGAGAGCCAAAGAGGUACUUAAAAAUAGCAAUCUUGAACUGCCCAUUGAGCUUGGAAACCAUUGGUGCCCAUCAUCUCCUCUACUUGCCACUAGACACAAGAAAAUCAAGAAUGGAUGUUCAAGUGAUGCGUAUCAUGCGUUGCUGUUAGUUGCUACACUGUUAGCAACAAUUAACUUCCACGCAGCAUUAAACCCUCCUGGAGGUGAAGAAGGCUGCAGAUACAAGUCCAGUAUAAAUAGUAUCCUGCAAAUUGAAAAAGAAAAUAUCUAUCUGUGCCAUUUGUUCAUAAUGCUCAAUUCAAUCACCUUUUUCACAUCGAUAGCCCUCGUUGUAAUCAUCACGCAGGACUUCCCUCUGAAGCGUUGGCUUUUCAUUUUAUUAUCUUGUAUGAUUGGUUCUUAUAUGUGCAUCUUAAUGGCUGUAUCGCCAUAUGGAGCCAUGAACAGGACUCUGCUAAUGCUAGGAAGUCUCUUUCUGUUAACAGCUUCCUUGAAACGUCUUGCUUUGCACCAGAUGAUGCUCAAGUAUUUGCACCGGGUAUGCCCCGCUUAACUCAUGUAAAUUAGAAUGUUGAAGCCGCAGAUUGUCUUUUUGCAACUUGUACACUAGGAUAAACUAUUACCUACUAUUCAUGGGUUAUAAGUAGUCUACACUGUAAGCAUAUCCAUUUUCAGUGCAUAUGCUAAUAGUACGGCCAUCAUUUCUGC